CUGGAGGAGAGCAGGUGGCCAAGGUCUUCUUCUCACAGAGCGGUAAGGUGGCGGUAACAGCGGCCUUUCAAUUAGUGUGGAUGUACACGGCAGAGCUCUUCCCUACCAAGUACCGUUCAUUAGCUGUGGGGGAAGCUAGCUUCUGCGCACGCGUCGGCAGUACUUCGUCACCGUAUAUUAACGAUAUUCUGGGAGGUUACACCGUGUGGGCACCGGCGGCGCUAUUCGGGACAGUCUCUCUUAUCUCCGCGGUGCUGUCACUCUUCCUGCCAGAGACAAGACACUGCACUCUACCGGAAUCCAACGAUUUUUUCUCCAAGAAGAAGGACAAGGAGGCAGACAGAGGAGGAAGCAAGGAAACAUCCCUGGAGGAUGUGAGUCAGGGGGUGGUCAACCUGUCAUACAACCCAGAGACGGGCCAACCGGGGACGGAGAGAUUAUAAUGAGAAUAAUGUACACCCAUCUUGUGAUAGCAAGAUGAUGACUAUCUUUAAACCUCCGUGACGGAUAACCGGAGGGGGAGAGAGCACAGGACUAUAUCCUAUAACAUUAUACUGGGCCUCAAGACCCACGGACAACAAGGACAUAAGGAUAUUCUCCUCCACAACAAACUUUCAAGACUCUGGAAUUCACGGCCAAUUUUAGUACUA